AUAAAAUAUAUGAGAUCUAUAUCAUCAUCUUAAUCAUAAUUUUAUUAAAUCAUUAAGAUAAAAAAAAGGAAAAAUGAAGAUACAGUGUAACGUAUGUGAAACGGCGGAGGCGACGGUGUUAUGCUGCGCCGACGAGGCCGCGUUGUGUGUGAAUUGUGAUGAAAAAGUACAUGCUGCUAAUAAGCUUGCAAGUAAACAUCAGAGAGUUCCUCUCUCUAGUUCUAAUUCUCAAUUGCCGAAGUGUGAUAUUUGUCAGGAAUCGGCUGGCUACUUCUUUUGUCUGGAAGACAGGGCUUUACUUUGCAGAAAAUGUGAUGUCUCAAUACAUACAGUUAAUUCUCUAGUUUCAUCCCAUCAAAGGUUUCUGCUUACAGGAGUGAAAGUAGGGCUCGAAGCUUUCGAACGUGGUGCAUCAUCAUCUACGGGAAAGUCAAACUCUGGUGAGAAGAUUCCUGUAUCAGAAAAGUCACAUUCUGUGCCAGCAAGGAGGGUUCCAUUGUCAGCAACAAGCCAAUUUAGCAAACUUGUGCCUGACAAAGCUGCAGGAGCUGCUGGUUUUGAACCUCCCAAGCUUCCUUUUUCUGGAGGUUCUUCCACUGAGAGCAUGCAACAGUGGCAGUUUGAUGACUUUCUUUCACUUACAGAUUUUAAUCAGAAUUAUAACUACUUAGACAAUGGCUCAUCUAAGGCUGAUAGUGGGAAGCUGGGAGAAUCAGAUGGUUCACCAAUUUUACGAGCCCUAGAGGUUGAACUGGAUGGCGAAGAUUGCUUGGGUCAGGUUCCUGAUGCAUCUUGGGCUGUUCCAGAACUCCCUUCUCCACCAACUGCUUCAGGACUCAGCUGGCCAAGAAGUCGUCCGUAUAAUCAGAACCAAAUGGGUUCUGAUACCUUUGUUCCCGAUGUAUUCCAUUUACCGAUGCCAACAUUCUAUGGUUCCCAACAGAAUAAUACUACUUUCAAAAGGAGAAGAAAUUUCUAAUGUGCUUUUAUUGUGUGGAUCGCUGAUGAAAUCUUAGUGUUGUAACUUUAGGGGAAUCUUUUGUCUGAAGACUUCAGUUCAGUUGUCCGAGCUGUAUGUGUUUGUAGGGGUUUAGUUUGAAAAGGCAAAGGCACUCCUGAAUCAUAAUGCCACCUUUUGAAUGUGUUGUUUUACAAAUGUAUUCUCCAGGUUGAAGUGGUGUGUUGUGGGGUGAGUCGGAACACCUUUAAGUAAGCUAAUAUUGUAUUGUUGUGAUGACAUUGGUCAAUGUAAAUGAUGAAUAAAUUACUAUAAUAAGGUUUACUUCUAUGUUAUGCCAUGCUCCUCUUUUCUUGAAA